AUGAGCUCUCAAGUAAGGAGGGACCGGAGGGAAAGGCCUAGAUUUGGUCCUCAGGGUUAUCGGCAGACUUGGGUCCCUAGAGGGGCCUCUACUUCAGUGGUGGUAAAUGAGCCAUUGAUUUCUUCUAAUCUGGAUCGGGAUUCCGCAAGUAUCGAUGCCAAUUCUGCACCUCUUCCUGUUAAUCAGCCAAGGCGGCACACCGAUGCAGGUCUUCUACUCAAUAACCAUGCCCGUGGGCGUGGGAAUAGUGCAUUAGGUCCUCCCCCUGCUAACCGCCAGAGAAGGAAUAAUGGUUCAGGACAAGGACAUCCGCCUUAUAAUCGCCAGAGGGGUGUGUCAAGGGGACACUUUGCUCGACACACGAGACAGGAGAUUGCUACUGAGAGAAGCGAGAACAAAGAGGCGGGGUUGAAAGAUCCGGACUUGCCUCAACUUGUGCAAGAAAUACAGGAUAAGCUAAUGAAGGGGGCUGUUGAGUGUAUGAUUUGUUAUGAUAUGGUCAGGCGGUCUGCAAACAUCUGGUCUUGUACCAGCUGUUACUCUAUUUUCCAUCUGAACUGUAUCAAGAGAUGGGUGCGAGCACCGACUUCUGUUGAUUUGGCAGUGGAGAAAAACCAUGGUUUUAAUUGGAGGUGUCCUGGUUGCCAAUCUGUACAGUUAACAUCGUCAAAGGAGAUAUGCUAUCGUUGCUUUUGCGGAAAGAGGAAAGAUCCGCCAUCUGAUCCAUACUUGACACCACAUUCUUGUGGAGAACCAUGCGGGAAGCCACUGGAGAAGGAAUUUGCAGGGGCUGAGACAAGUGAAAAGGAUCGUUGUCCUCAUGUUUGCGUGUUGCAAUGUCAUCCAGGUCCAUGCCCUCCUUGUAAGGCCUUUGCCCCACCUCGACAUUGUCCUUGUGGGAAGAAGAUGAUUACAACGAGGUGCUCAGAGCGAAGUUCUGUUUCGACUUGCGGGCAGUGCUGCAAUAAGCUUCUCGGUUGUGGGCGUCAUCGAUGUGAAAGGACAUGCCAUGUUGGUCCCUGUGAUCCUUGCCAAUUACUUGUCAAUGCCAAUUGUUUUUGCAAGAAAAAGUCCGAUGUUGUCAUAUGUGGAGACAUGAACAUCAAAGGAGAGGUGAAGGUAGAAUAUGGCUUGUUCUCAUGCAGUUCGACCUGUGGAAGAUUGCUCGGAUGUGGUAAUCAUAGCUGUCGUGAGGUUUGCCAUCCUGGUCCCUGUGGGGACUGUGACUUGCUGCCCAACAGGAUUAAGACAUGCUACUGCGGGAAAACGACUCUGGAAGAGCAGAGACGGAGUUGCCUGGAUCCGAUUCCUUCCUGUUCCUACAUUUGCAGGAAGGUUCUUCCUUGUGGGCUACACAGCUGCAAUGAGGUGUGCCAUGCCGGUGAUUGCCCGCCUUGUUUGAUCCAGGUCAACCAAAAAUGUCGAUGUGGAUCCGCUUCUAGGAUUGUGGAAUGCUACAAAACAACUGCAGAGGCAGAGAACUUUGUCUGUGAAAAACCGUGUGGUCGUAAGAAGAACUGUGGGAGGCAUAGGUGUAGCGACCGUUGCUGCCUUCUCUCCAAUCCGAAGAAUGAUCCAACCCAUUUGGAUUGGGAUCCACACUUUUGUCAAAUCCCUUGUGGUAAGAAGCUAAGGUGUGGACAACAUUCGUGUGAAUCUCUAUGUCACAGUGGCCACUGCCCUUCUUGCCUCGAGACGAUUUUCACUGAUUUGACAUGUGCAUGUGGAAAAACUUCGAUUCCUCCUCCAUUACCUUGCGGAACAUCUCCCCCUAGCUGUCAGCUUCUGUGCUCGGUUCUUCAGCCUUGUGGCCAUGCAGCUUCUCACGCCUGUCAUUUUGGAGAUUGCCCACCUUGCUCGGUGCCCGUAGAAAAGAAAUGCAUCGGCGGUCAUGUGGUUCUCAGGAACAUACCUUGUGGGUUGAAGGAUAUUAGAUGUACCAAGCUCUGCGGGAAAACCAGACGAUGUGGCAUGCAUGCUUGCGCCAGAACUUGUCAUCCCGAACCUUGUGAUGUUGGAGUUGAAACCGAAACAUGUGUUCCCAUCUCUUGUGGACAGACAUGUGGUGCCCCUAGAAGAGACUGCAGGCUGCACACUUGUGCAGCGCUCUGUCAUCCUUCUGAUCCUUGCCCGGAUUUGAGAUGUGAAUUUCCGGUCACAAUUACUUGUUCCUGUGGGCGUAUAUCAGCUGCAAUUCCUUGUGAUGCUGGAGGAACUGUGGGUGGUUUCGGUGUUGAUUCUCUCUAUGAAGCCUCCGUCUUGAAAAAUCUUCCGGUGCCACUUCAACCCGUCGAGUCAACUGGAAACCGAAUCCCUCUUGGACAGAGAAAACUUACAUGUGACGAUGACUGUGCUAAGCUGGAGUGGAAACGGGUUCUGCAAGAUGCAUUCGAUAUCACUCCCCCAAAUCUCGAUGCUCUGCAUUUUGGCGAGAAUCACGCCAUGAAGGAGAUAAUUUCGGACAUGCGUGACCCGAAAUGGGUACUGGCUGUGGAGGAGCGGUGCAAGUUCUUGGUGCUCGGAAAGAGCAGAGGAAGUGCAAAUGCAAGUGCCCUGAAGCUCCACGUCUUCUGCCCGUUGCAGAAAGAUAAACGAGAUGCCAUCAGGUUGAUAGCCAGGAGGUGGAAACUUGCGGUGAGCAAUGCCGGGUGGGAGCCAAGACGGUUCACAGUAGUUCACGUCACACCAAAGUCGAAACCACCGUCGAGAAUCAUCGGAGGGAAGGGCUCUGUCACUGUAAGUGCCCUCCACCCACCGGCCUUUGAUCCAAUGGUAGAUAUGGACCCGAGGCUCGUCGUUUCGUUUAUGGAUCUGCCGAGGGAUGCGAGUAUCAGCACCUUGGUCCUGAGAUUCGGAGGUGAAUGCGAGCUCGUUUGGCUUAACGACAAGAACGCGAUAGCCGUUUUUCAUGACCCGGCCCGAGCAGCCACCGCGAUGAGAAGGCUGGAUCACGGGUCUGUGUACCAAGGAGCCGUCAUGGUGGUGGUUCAGAACGUCGGGCAAACAUCGCAAGCCCGUAACCCGUGGGGUGGAAAACCCGAUGGGGGAACGGCCAUGGAAGGUCGGAGAGGGAAUCCAUGGAAGAAAGCUGUGAUUCACGACGACGAUUCAUGGGGAGCCGACGACGAUUCGCCCGUUGCAUCUUCGACGGAUAUUCAGGUGAAGGCCGACGCUCGGACAGCUGUUUCAGUUAACCGUUGGAGCGUGUUAGGGUCGGAAAAGGCCAUGUCCACCGCCUCUGUAUCUGCUAAUGAGACAAGCAUGGUUGGAAAUGAUGCCGGAAACUUACAGGGGGUCGGCUCCGGGGAAGAAGAAGACGUGGUUGAUGAUUGGGAGAAGGGUUUGUGACCAAGUAAAAGAACAUGUGGAAUGUCUGUCUGAUUUCUUCACCUCAAGUUCUUAUAGCUUACGAAGAAGAAGAAGACAUCAAUGGAGAUUUUCUUCACUUUCUGAAGACGGAAUUCAGAGAAUCAGAUAUAUGAAAGAGUAUGGAUUCUUUUGAGCAUAUUUUACACAUUUUUGUAAUGAAACAGGGAGAGGUUGUCAGAAACAUUUCUUCGGUUGAAGUGGAAAACGGCAGGUUGUUUAGAAUCGGAUUGUAG